AUGUCGAAACCCAAAAACUGGCCUGCAACGCUCCCCUAUCUCAAAGCCCCUCUCUACGGCAAAGACAUUUCCCCCUCACACAUCCAAUUCCUCCGCACAAAACCCCCCAACGACAACAGCGCCAUCGACCAAGUCCCCAUAGCACCAGCCUCGUCGCCCGCAACGGAAACUCCAUGCCCGCGCGUCAAGAUCCAGGCCAUCACGGACAGAAAUCAUCCAGCAUACGGCCAGUUCGGGCUGUUUGCAGCGCAGAACAUUGCGCCGGGGGAGCUGAUUCUAGCGUACCUUGGGAGAUUGCAUGGACGGGCGACGACGAGCGAGGAGAGUGACUAUGAUCUUUGGCUGGAUCGGGAGAUGGAUGUAGCGGUGGAUGCGGCGGGGGAAGGGAAUGAGGGGAGGUUUGUGAAUGAUUAUCGGGGGAUUAAGGGUAAGGAGAGGGCGAAUGCGAGGUUUGGGAAUGUGUUUUUGGGAGGAGGGAAGAAUGUGAAAGAGGAUGGGAAGAAGAAGAUGAAGAAGAAGAGUGAAGGGGGGAUUAAGAAGGGGGAGGAGAUUUUGGUGAGUUAUGGGAAGGGAUUUUGGGAUGAGAGGAGGAAAGAUGGUGAUGGUGAUGGUGGAGGGGAGAAGUGA